AUGGAAGAAAAACUUGUGAGAACACAUGAUACUCAUAUCUCAAAGGAAAUUGCAAAUAAAAUUCAACAAACAGGAACAUUAUCACUAAUCAAGAAACCUGAGAUUCUUCCAACAAAAGAAUAUAUAAAAUAUACUCCUAUUCAAAGAGGAAAAAAUCCUCCUGAACAAAGAAUAAUUGAAAUUGUUGAUGAAAAAGUCGAUCCUUUAGACGUUCCUAAGUUUAGGUACAAGAAAGUUGCACCAAGACAAGUUAGUGAACCAGUCCCUAUCCUUCAUGACCCACCUAAAAAAUUAACAAAACAACAAAUGGAUGAGUUUAAUAUUCCUCCAUGUAUUUCAAAUUGGAAAAAUAACCGAGGAUAUACCAUUUCUUUGGAUAAGCGUGUAGCUGUUGAUAGAAGAAAUCUCCAAAAAGAUGAAAUUAAUGAACGUCAUGCUGAAUUUGCUGAAGCCCUUUAUCUUGCUGAAAAAGCAGCACAAGAAGAAAAUGAAAAGAAAAAUGAAAUGAAGAAGAGAAUUGAAAUGGCAAAGAAAGAAAGAAAUGAAGAAGAAAUGAGACAACUUGCUUUGGCUAUGAGAAAAUUAAGAGAUGAAGAAGAAGAUGACCAAUUUGAUGAAGAAAAAGAAAAAAGGGAGAGAGCUCGAGAUGAAAGAAGAAGAGAAAGAGAAGAGUUUUAUAGAAAGGCUGGGCUUAAAGGACUUGAAAAAGAAAUGGAAAGAGAAAAAAGAAGAGAUGUCACAGAGUCAAUUGCUUUGGGUAAAAAAAUUGAUUCUAAAGAUUUAAUGUUUGAUCAAAGAUUAUUUAACCAAGGAGAUGGGUUAAAUUCUGGUUUUGGAGAAGAAGAUGAAUAUAACGUGUAUGAUGAAGUUCUUUUUAAAGCAGCUCCAAACCAACAAUAUAAGCCAAAAGAAUUAACAGAUGAAUAA